UAUUACAGAAACAUGGCGGACACAUCUGUUAGUCUUCAGGCUCACUGCAAAGUGCUGCUUCAUGCCGCUAAAUAUCCCCACUCCGCUGUGAAUGGGGUACUACUUGCUGAAGAUAGCAAAAACAAAGAUACCAAGAGCCACAGAUGUGUAGACUGUAUCCCCCUAUUCCAUGUGUCUCUCGGCCUUUCCCCUAUGCUGGAAGUCGCUUUGCUUCAGAUUGAUGCGUACUGCAAAAGUAAAGGUCUUGUCAUAGCAGGAUACUAUCAAGCUAAUGAAAACUAUAAUGACAAUGAGAUGAACCAUGUUGCAAGAACGAUAGGCAGAAAGAUACAAGAGAAUUUCCAUGAUGCUUGUGUCUUGAUGAUUGACAACCGGAAAGUGGCAGCAGAGACAGUGUCCCAGGCUUACAAGAUCUACACAUUCAAAGAAACAGGAUGGGGAACCAUUGAGAAAAAGGGAAAUACUGAAGAAGAAAUUCUGAAAGAGGAGUGUGUAUACGCAUUGAUGAAGUCUGGUGCUCAGAGGCAGCUGAAGGAUUUUGAUAACCAUUUGAAUGAUGUGAGGAAUGACUGGAGAAAUUUAGAACUGAAUGAUAUGAUAGCCAGAUGUACGUAGCAUUUGUUUCUUCUUUUUUUUUUUUUUUUCCUUUUUUUUUUUUUGUACCGCUGUAAUACACAUGUGUAUGUCCUGGAUUGACUGUCAAGUAACAGUAUGGGUACGGUAGAUUGAAAACUUGAUGUCUGUGUUUUGUCUUCAUUAUAGCCACAGGAAAUUGUAAAAGUUGGUCAGUAUUUAAUAGAGAGCAGAACUGUCAAAGUGAGUCAAGAGAACAAAGAAUUUUUUUCAAAAUACUUUGUUUCAUGGAAAAUGUACAAGUUCAAAAAUUUAUCCUUACUUUCGGCUUUUUCUGAAGCUCUAGCACUGUGUAAAGUUUUCUGAGGCUGUAGACUAUAUAACUCUGAAGAUUGUGAUUGGAUAGUAGACAACUGAAAAGCUGAUUUUAUGGGUUUUUUCUCCAGGAAUGAAGUAACAAUAAUAAUAAUAAUUGGAUAGAGAUCCUCUUUCCUGAAAAAUGAAAGAGGCUAAUCUAUUUAGAACAAAAUCUCAUCAGACAAAAACGUUUCAGAAUCAGUACUACUUGCACUGGACAGAUCAAAGCAAUUAAAGGUCAUCUUUUGAUAUGUGUCGCGACGCGGUUGAAUCCGGCGCUCGUCAGGUUUUUUUGGGGCAUAUGUGGAGCUAUUGGUAUCAUCUUAAACUUGCUCUUUUGUCUGGCUUUUAUUGAAAAAAUACCCAUCUAUCUUGGAUAGAGGUCGAGCUAUUUCGAAUUGAAGGAGAUGGGGGGUCACCUGGUUUCAGCCGUAAAACAAGCAAGAAAAGGACUGCCAAAGUUUGGUGACUUCCGUUCCUAGAGUCCUUGAAAACUGAAAAUUUACAUUUUUUGUGCCUUUAAUCAAUUUUUAAAAAUAAAAAUCAAGCAGAAAGAUGUUUUUAAUUGGAGGUAAAAAGGGUUGAGCCGAAAAAAAGAAAAUUCUUUACCAAACCCCCCAAAAAUGCUGGUUUCUUUGAUUUCUUUAUUUUGACGAGUGCCUGAUUUCACCAUUAUGACUCACAUAUAUCUUUGCUCACAAAGAAUUCAACAUUGAAUAGGACAGUUUAAAACAACCUCCAUAGUCAGUGCAUUGUUUUAUGAAUUAAUAGGAAAGAAUUAAUGGUUAUGUAUGGAAAAGGCAUGAAAUCUAUCCCCCCUCUCUCGAGUCGAGAUCAAAAUCUGAAAUUUAUUUCAAACAUUACUUGCUUAAAAGCUCUCCUUUUUGCUCAUCUUUCACUUUCAUGCAAGUAACAAACCUUAAAAAUCAAUCUUUUACUUCUAAUCAUUGAGCACUUUUGAUGUGAUAACUGUGGAGUAAUAUAAGAUUUUUUAUCUUAGUAUCUUAGUUAUUGUACCGCUGCGUACUUCAAAGUAAGAGGUCAGUUACAUGUAGGGCCUACUGAGAUGAGAAAAGGGCCAGCUGGUUUGCACAGUACAGUGUUCUAAUAUAUUGGUGUAUUUAGUACUUCACUGCAGUGUGCCUGUCUUUUCCAUUCCUUUUUUUUUUUCAUCGUGAAAAUUUAAAUUGCAAUUUUUCCCUGUCCCAUGGGUAUCUGAAAAAUUGUUUGUCAUUUUGGCCUUGAAAAAAAUCAAGUUAAGGUGGCUUAUUGACUUAAUUGAUUUCUCUCAACUCAAAAGAUUCAAUAUAAUAUUUUUGUUUUCAAAUUUGAUUCCCUUUCCUUUUUGUUUAAUGUCCUUAUUUUAUAAUUUGAAGACAUGGACUUGGGAAAAAAAUUAUUUAGCGUUUUAUCCUAGGCAGUCCAUUUGGAAAGUAAAACAGAAACAGGGUUGUUUUUUUUAACAACUUUUGAUUCUGUUAAAGUCAGGAUUUGAUAUUUCUUGAAACAAAAAUAGUCUCCAUUUAUAUAUAUGGUGAUACUGUUUUGUUCUUUUUAUUAAGUUGUAGUGUCGUAAAAGUACCGUAUGUCAACUAAAAUCUUUUAAAACGUUGCUGAUGAGUGAAGAGAUGCCAAACAUUUUUGCUGUGUUAAGACAAUAUAUGUUUAGCAUCAAAAUUUGGAAUGGGAAUACAUUUGUGUAUUUUAUCAAAAGUUGUUGGCAGAAGACUGUAGGCCUACAUUGUAUUAUUUUUCAAAUGGACAACCUAUAGUAUUGUGUGAUCCAUCUUUUCAAAGUGUCUAGAUUUUUAAGUACUUGUGAGCACAAGUCAACAUAUUGACUUGCGAUAAAAUUUUAGCAUAGUGUCAUUAGUUUUUAUCGGAAUGGUUUUGAGAUACUGGUUGUGGGAUUUUAUGUAAAUUUUCAGUCACAAGCCUUUAUUUGUCGUCUGUCGUUGGCUUGGAUCUCACAUGAAUGUGGUAUUCUUUUGCACGAGCCGGAGUUUCUUGAACUUCCAUCAUAGUUGCACUUUUGGAAGUAUGGUCGUUUUUGUUUUUUUAAACUUGUGAAUGGUUUACGUAUGAUUUAUUCAGAACCUUCCUCCUUCCUUUCUUACUUUGUCACUGCCAUGGGAUCGAAAGAUUCAUACAUGUUUGCACGUAUUAGAGUGUAUCAGAGACUUGCUGCAAUGGAUGUCAGAAAAUGUUGUCCUCAAAGAGAGGAUCAGGCAAUUACCUUUCUUUUGUAUUUAUCAAGAUAGAUACGAUGGGGUUUGUCACCGACUGUGAUGUUCAUGUAAUAAACUUUGGACCUCAUCUCAGCA